CCGAGAUAUCAGAAGCUAAUACGGAUCGUCCGCUUAGCAUUUGCCAUGCGCUGACCGACUUGACUCGAGAAUAUGGGCCAAUCGUGUCGUUCCGACAAUCGACCUCGGUUGAUUGCUGCAGGUGAGAUACUUUCAAAUGGAAUGCGUCUAUCCCUGGCUCGUUCCGGAAAUCGAUUCCGGUGCCUCCGAAAAGCAGUACACACCCAUUUGCAGCCCAAAGCGGCAGAGAUAUACCAAGAUAUGCAGCGCGAGCACGCCAUGGAUUUUAUAUUGGACAUGCUGAAUGACCCGAAGAGCCACCAGAAGCACACACAUCGGUAGGUCAUUACUAGGACCUUCUGCGAUCUUUUCAUAGAUAUGGUGCCCGAGCAAGGGCACUGCAUUCCAGAGGGUACAAUAGACUAUGGGCGCCAUUGGAUUCUUUCUCGCGAUCCUAUGGCCUUCCCGGAUCCUGAAGUUUUCAAUCCUCAGCGUUGGCUUGAUUCAGAAGGCUGCCUUAAGGACAAUAUAAAAUUCAUCGUAUAUGGCUUUGGUAGACGGUAAGUCGUGCCUACAUUAUUUGACACAG